CCCAGAUGUGUGUGUUAGUGUGGAGGGCAGGUACCAGACUGAGCUCCUCCUUCACCACCUCCUUAUCUCCUCCUCUGCGCGCAGCCACCGUGCGUCUGUGUUCCAAUGGAAACAGGUGGGAACCGUGCGCUCCUCCAAUCACACGCUCCCUCCGUGCGCCGGGGGACGGAGCUGGGUGAGGAGCGGGCAGAAGACAGGGGUGGGAGUCAAGGCGUGGAGGCAGGACUCAAAUCAACUUCCACACUCGCGUCAGGAAAAGUCAGGAAACCACGGCUGUUAACGUUGUUACGGUAAACAGUGACGCGGCAGCGCUUACGGCGGAGGAGCUGCAGCCGCCUUGGCACGUCAGUGUUGGGCUUACGGUUCUAGGACGAGUCGCUGCUGUAAUGGAACGCAGGGAGUGAGCGGAUUCAAAACAGUUUUCCUGUUCUUCUUCUUUUUCCUGUGUUUGGAUUACUGCCCGCGUUGCGUUUUUGCGCUUUCCACAUUUUUGUCAUUCUUUCUGGAAGUGUUUGGAGUAUAUUGGACUUGUUUCCCCGAGAAAGAUGCCUGGAAAAACCAAAUACAACCUCGUUGAUGAUGGACACGAUCUCAGGAUCCCGUUGCACAAUGAGGAAGCUUUCCAACAUGGGAUCAACUUCGAGGCAAAGUACAUCGGUAGUCUUGAUGUGGCCCGUCCCAGCAGCCGAGUGGAGAUCGUGGCUGCAAUGAGAAGAAUACGGUAUGAGUUCAAGGUGAAGAACAUCAAGAAGAAGAAAGUCAACAUCGUGGUCUCCACGGACGGUGUGAAAGUCGCCUUGAGGAAAAAGAAAAAAAAGAAGGAGUGGACGUGGGAUGAGAGUAAGAUGAUGGUGAUGCAGGAUCCCAUCUACAGAAUAUUCUACGUUUCCCACGACUCCCAGGACCUGAAGAUCUUCAGCUACAUUGCCAGAGAUGGACAGAGUAACGUUUUCCGCUGUAACGUCUUCAAAUCCAAGAAAAAGAGUCAGGCCAUGCGCAUCGUUCGGACGGUGGGUCAGGCGUUCGAGGUGUGUCACAAACUCAGUCUGCAGCACACGCAGCAGAGCGUGGACGGACAGGAGGAUGGAAAGAGAGAAAAGAAUGGCGACGACUCCUCUGUUUCAGGUACACACACACAGGCGCACACACACCCUGAACAGGAGGAGAGGUGUGAGUGAAAUGAAAGUACGCUGCCACCAGGGGCACCGUUGUCUGUGCACCACCAGAUCCAGCUCCUCCAGCAGCAGCUCCAGCAGCAGCAGCAGCAGACACACGUGGCUGUAGCUCAGGUCCACCUCCUGAAGGACCAGCUGAGUGCCGAGGCCACGGCUCGUCUGGAGGCUCAGGCUCGGGUUCAUCAGCUGCUGCUGCAGAACAAAGAUCUGCUGCAGCACAUCUCCCUGCUGGUUAAACAGAUCCAGGAGCUGGAGACCAAGAUUUCUGGACCAAACCUGACCGGCUCCCAGGACAGUUUAUUGGAGAUCACCUUCAGGUCGACAGUUCCUCAAGUCAUCUGCGACCCGACGACUCCGAAACCGGAGGUGACGGUUCUCAAUCUGCCUGCACUCGGCGCCAACGACGGGACCAGCAAUGCCUUCUCAUCCACCAACGGCACUCUGGGAAGUCCUCUAGUUGAUCAGAGUAUGUUUGAGAACUCCGUUGCUCAGCAGCAGAGUCCUCAGAUUUCCAGGCCAGCUCAGCCCUCGGCUCGGCGCUCCCCAGCCUCAGUCAAUCCAAACCUGGGCUCCGGCGGUGUGGACUCGACAUCGUCUGGAGGCCAGCAGAGACUGAAAAAUGCCAUUAACCUGGGUAAAGCUGUGGGGGCAAAGGUCAACGAUUUGUUGAGGCGAAAGGAGACUAACCAUCUCGGGGACAUUGGUGUCACCGAGGUCAACAAAAACGUGGGGGCUAUUUGGAGUCGCAUGGACCAAGUCAACCAAACCACUGGCAACAGUCACAUCUCCUCUUUUGACACCUUCCCCCGUCUGGACCCUCCACCACCAACGGGGAAGAAGCGCCUUCCCCGAGCCCUGAAGACAACGCAGGACAUGAUGAUCUCCUCUGAUCCUGUGGUCUCCUCCCCGGAACCUGCAGACUCCUCGUCGUUCCUCUCUUCACCUGGAAAGACACCUCUGAUCAUCCAGGAGGAGCAGCAGCACCAGGAGGACAAGGAGGUGGAGGAGAUGGAGGAGAAGAUAAUAAGGAUGGAGGCAGAGAAGUCAGCAGACAUCAAUUUUCCAUCGGAUGACACGGAGAAGACAGCACCGGCUCAUCCUGAGCUGACAGGCUGCACCACUAAGGAGGCUGAAGAGACAGGUGGAGAAGAUGGAACAGGUGACAGGGGGACUGGUGGAGACCAGGAAGAACCUCAGCCUCAGCUGCAGCUCUCGGUGCCGGACCUCAUCAACAAAGAUCCUCCUCUGCUGGAGCCCAGAGCCAAACCCUGCGACAUCUGGCAGAAGGCCACAGGUCCAGAUUCUCGGCUCGCCUCCACACCCUGCCCUGGAAAAACGCCCUGUCGAAUCAGUUUGGGUGAAGACGUCCUGCUGGGUAACGGCGCCCCCUGCAGUAAAGGAAACACAGUGAGCAAUGAGGACGCAGAGCCCCACCCUGAUCUGCUGUCGUUUGAGUAGAAAACAAACAUCUGGUCCACAAACAAGGCUUUCUAGUCUAAUAAUUCUUUUUUCAAUGAGCUGCAAAUAAUAUUAAAAAAAGGGAACAAAGAACUUUAGUAGCCACAAGGAGGCCAGAAACGUCUUGCUUUUUAACAUUUUAGAGUUUAAGUUUUUCUAGAAUUAGAAGAUCACAAUUAUGGUCUUAAAAUUUAAAGUAAAAAAAAAAAAUCAGACCUUCAGAAAUUCUGAUAAUCUCAGUGCUUUUAUCUUCUUUUAUUUGUUAUGACAUAUCAGUCAUGUGCUUUGUCUGAAACAUGAGCAAAAAAUGAAAUGAAUGUAAAUGUUUUUAUUCAAAUAUGUCUUUACAUGAGAUAGAAAAUAUUUUUAUUUCCAUCCACAGUGUUCAUAUAUUUUAAAGCUUUUAGAUUUUAAUCCAAACAGUGUAACUGAUUGUUAUAAACCCAUCCCUUAGAAAAGCUGCUAUUUUUGAACCACUAUGUAAAUGAUAACGUCAAACGAAAACGUGCUUAAAACAGAAGUAAGACUAAGAAGGAGAAGGAAAGGAAACAAGUGUGAAGAGAUGAAUGGUUGAGGACGUGUGAGGACAGAGGAGGUUCAAAGGGAAAAGUUCACUUUGAGUCCAGUUGGUACAAGAGUUGUCGUGAGAGGUGUCAUUUCUGUCUGAACGAGGAAGUCGUUUGAACCUGAACCUCAUUAAUAUUUAAGCUUUAUUCCCUUAGAUCCUGGAAUAAAAUAAAGAAGGGUCUUAGUUCACUCCGACACCAAUUCAGUGUUUGACUGUGGGGUGGACUCUGACCUUUCCAAACUCAUAAACAUUAAACAUUUAUGUGUGGACUCUGAUUCUGAUUCAGCCCAAGGAUCAUGGACUGUCUUUCUGACCAUGAUUUAAAAUGAUCAAGACCAAAAUGUCCAAAUUCUGCCCUUAUUAAAAAUGUAUAUACUGUAUAUAUCAUGACAAAUACAAUGCAACAUGAACUCCUUGAUAAAAUGUGGUAUGCACCAAUUUUCCAGUCAAUAUAAAUACAUUAUUAAUAGAUUCAGGUUGAUUUGUGUUUUUUUUAAAUUGUGGUGUCCUUGAGACGGGAGACAAACUUUUGACUAACUGAACUGAAGUGGACAUUUUCUAUUGUUCCUAAAUGAGAUGGAAUAUCAAGAUAAAUGCUGUAGAUGGCAUGUGGAAGAAGAGACCGAGAAAAUGUUUUUGAAUAGGUGUAAAGCAAAAUGUGUCAUAAGGUUUUCAUAAGCAGAAAAUAAAACAGUUUUUUAUUUAUGAAUAUAGAAAUGAAGUGACAGACCAAAUGAAUACUUUAGCAGUUCAGCUGGAAAUGUUUGUGGGGGGUUUUGUACAUCUUCCAGUGAUGAAAAAAACAGAGCACCAAAGUAUUUUUGAUUAAUUUUGUUUUAAUAGAAAAUCUAAAAGACUGAGCAGCGACAUUUACGGAAAACAACCUGUUGUUUUUGGAUCGUCCUCGUCCGUGUCAGCAGCUAGAUCUUUGGUUUUUUCUAACACUGUAAUCUGAGCAUCUGCGAUUCACCUUCUGUAGAGAAGGAACACAUGCACGGAUCUCAAACCCUCAGCUGGAGCCAACAACUCUGUCCUUAUCAGGAUUUCCUGACCUCCAAAACCAAGUGGGACAAAAACAUCCCCAACGGACACAGACAGGGCUGUAGCUGAGGUCAGGCCGUGCCCAGCAGAAUGAGAGGAAUGUGGAGCUGGACUGUCAGAGAAAAGAAGCUUUGUUCCCCGUCUCAUGUCUCCUUGUCUGACCCAGUGUUCCCAAAGGUCACUUCAUUUCCAGGCUGUAACUGAUAUCAGAUCAGAUCUUUCACAGACCAAAACAUGAAGCAACAUCAUUCAGCAAAUAAAUAUUUCUAAUAUCCUAAGAAAAAUUGUAAAAAUGUAAUGCAUUCUUCAAGCAGUACAAGCGAUACAUAUAAUUGUGGCAUUCUGUAGAAAAUAAUAUUGUAGUUUAAUUAUAAAAAUACCAAAAAGACCAACUCAGAAUUCUUAACUUAAAUUGUACAUUUAUAUGUGUAUAUAUGUGAAUAUAUAUGUGGGAUUAUAUAUAUCUUGUAUACACUAUAUGUAUAUUUGUGUAUGUAUAUAUAUUAUAUAACUAAAACUACAGAUACAUAUGUAUGUAUAAACAUAUAUAUAUACAUAUAUAUGCAAAUGCAUAUUGACAUAUUAACAUUACUGGAGUUGGAACGAUUUGACAUUUUUUAUAAUUCAAACAUUUUUUUUUUUUACAUUAAUUUAACAAACGGUCUGUUAGUUUAGGGCCAAAGUCAAAGUUCCUGUCGGUGAGAAUGGCUCAGAACUUUUCACUAUCAGUUUACCUAAUUAUUAUUAACCCUAUACCUGAUCAAUUAACACCUAACUAAAACUAUGAUUCACAUUUUUAUCCUUUAAUUUAUAUAAACAAGAUUCUGACUCGUGUGGAUCUGGUUUUGGUGGCUGUGAAGAUUUUUGGUCUGAAAAAUUUUAGUUACAGCAUGAUAAUAACACACACACAAACACACACUAAGUGAGGACAGUUUCUCAUAUUAGGAGACGCUGAGUGGCCGUGAGGCCGUUGGGAAAAAGUCUUGAUUUUUUUUCUCUGCAGUCAGAUCAGCUGCACAAAGUUAUAAAACACUUCAUAAAAAACCACUAACUUUGAUUACUUUACUUUUGUAUUUUUUUUUUAUAAUGAAGGAAUCGCUUUGUAUAUUUUAUGAAAUGUAUCUUUUAUUAUGCAAAUGGCUGUGGGUCUAACAAAUGAAGGAAACUGAUAUAUUUUAUUAUCCCGGCUGAGUCUGAUUCUGUCGCUGCUGCAGCUUCUAAUGAAAGUAAACAAUUUUUUUUUUCUUUUUGUUGAAUCUUGUUCUGUUGUUAUUAAUUGUGAAUGAAGGAUGACGAACACUGCACGCGAUGGCUUCGGAAAAGGUGGCACAAAUGGAAAUGUGGGUUCAUUUUUCUCUCUGAUUCUCACUCUGAUUUAUAUAUAUAUAUAUAUAUAUAUGUAUAUAUAUAUAUAUAUAGGAUAUAUGUUACAGAAAUCAAAAUGAUUCAUUGACUUGUAUUUUUCUAAUGUGUUAUUUUUUUAAUGAGAUGAGAAUGUAAUGGGUCUGUAAUCUUUAAAGAAAACUGGAAAUUG